GCGGGUGGGAGGAACACGGGGGCUGGCUGGAGGGCGGGGAGCCUGUGCGGCGGCCCGAGAGGCGGUGCCUGCCCAUAGGACUGGCCGGGAGGGGGAGUUCUUCAGGCCACUAGACUGGAAGAAGUUCUCCUGCUGAGUUGACAGCACCAGAAUUUACAAUGGUUGAUACAGAAAUGCCGUUUUGGCCAAUAAACUUUGGAAUUAGCCAGGUGGACCUUUCUGCAAUGGAUGAACACUCCCAUUCCUACGACAUAAAGCCCUUUACUACCGUUGACUUUUCCAGCCUUUCUUCGCCACAUUAUGAGGACCUUGCUCUUGCCAGAACUGACCAGUCAGCCAUUGAUUACAAAUAUGAUGUGAAGUUUCAAGAGUGCCAAAGUGCAAUCAAGAUGGAGCCACCUUCUCCACCAUACUUUUCAGAAAAAGUUCAGCUGUACAAUAAACCUCAUGAUGAAGCCUCUAAUUCUCUCAUGGCUAUUGAAUGUAGGGUGUGUGGGGACAAAGCGUCUGGAUUUCAUUAUGGGGUGCAUGCAUGUGAAGGCUGCAAGGGUUUCUUUCGAAGAACAAUCCGGUUAAAAUUAAUCUAUGAGAGGUGUGAUCUCAAUUGCCGCAUUCAUAAGAAAAGCAGAAAUAAAUGUCAGUACUGCAGAUUCCAGAAAUGUCUUGCAGUUGGAAUGUCACAUAAUGCUAUCAGGUUUGGGCGAAUGCCACAGGCUGAGAAGGAGAAGCUCUUGGCAGAGAUUUCAAGCGACAUCGAACAGCUAAACCCAGAAUCUGCUGAUCUGCGAGCUCUUGCCAAGCAUUUGUAUGACUCAUACAUCAAGUCCUUCCCUCUGACCAAAGCCAAGGCAAGGGCCAUCUUGACAGGAAAGACAACAGACAAAUCCCCAUUUGUCAUUUAUGACAUGAAUUCCUUAAUGAUGGGAGAAGACCAGAUCAAGUGCAAACAUCUGACCCCCAUGCAAGAGCAAAACAAAGAGGUAGCUAUUCGCAUCUUCCAGCGCUGUCAGUUUCGUUCAGUGGAGGCUGUACAGGAGAUCACAGAAUUUGCCAAAAGCAUUCCAGGUUUUGUGAAUCUAGACCUGAAUGACCAAGUAACUCUUCUGAAAUAUGGUGUACAUGAGAUCAUCUACACGCUCCUGGCAUCCAUGAUGAAUAAAGACGGUGUUCUCAUAUCCAAUGGACAAGGAUUCAUGACUCGAGAAUUUCUGAAGAGUCUCCGGAAACCCUUUAGUGACUUUAUGGAACCCAAGUUUGAAUUUGCUGUCAAAUUCAAUGCACUGGAAUUAGAUGACAGUGACCUGGCAAUAUUUAUAGCAGUCAUUAUUCUCAGUGGAGAUCGCCCUGGAUUACUGAAUGUGAAGCCUAUUGAAGACAUUCAAGACAAUUUGCUGCAAGCUUUGGAACUCCAGUUAAAGCUGAAUCAUCCUGAGUCAUCACAGCUGUUUGCAAAAUUGCUGCAGAAAAUGACAGACCUCAGACAAAUUGUAACAGAACAUGUGCAGCUGUUGCAAAUCAUCAAGAAAACGGAGACAGAUAUGAGCCUUCAUCCACUCCUACAAGAAAUUUACAAGGACUUGUAUUAAGGGGCAUAGAAUUUCUUACCCAUUGACAUGAUGUACGUUCUUCAAAUUGCACUAUUUCUGUGAGGGAAACAAAUAUUACUUACCUAAGAAAUUACUGUGAAAAAAAACAUUUUAAAAGAGAGACAGAGCUCUUCUGUUAAAGAUCUAUUUUAUGCAUAUUGUUUAUAAAGACACAUUUACAAUUUACUUUUAAUAUUAAAAUGACUAUAUCAUCAAA